CACCAUGUUGACUGAAAAGUUCCACAAGCCAACAUUAACCUAACUGUUUCACCACUUCUUUUUAUAAAUUUUAUUGCCAAACAGAAACUCUGUUUCCAAUUCUCAAAAUAUUUGAAAAUGGCAGAAGCUAUGAAGCAAACGGUUGCUAAUAUGUUGAAGGGAAUUGAAAGAUACAAUCCUGAUAAUUUGCCCACACUUGAACGUUAUGUAGAAAUUCAAUCUAGGGAGAAUGCCUACGAUUUGGAAGCAAAUUUGGCAGUUUUGAAAUUGUACCAAUUCAACCCUCACAGUUUUAGCAAAGAUAUUACAUGUCAAAUAUUGCUGAAGGCUUUAACUAAUCUACCGCAUACUGACUUUAUCCUUUGCAAAUGCUUACUGAACGAAAAACAGCUUUCUGAUGAACCGAUAAAUCAAAUAAUAUACUUAGCUCACAUUCUCGAGCAGUGCGAAUUUCAGUUAUUCUGGAACAGAAUCCAGACCCUACCAGAUUUAACCAAGUGUAUUACUGGUUUUUUGGACUCGAUAAGGAAAUUCGUUUGUCAUGUUGUGGGAAUUACCUAUCAGACUAUUGAGAGAUCUAAUCUUGCUCAACUGCUUGGAGAUAUUGAUGAUUCAACUUUGAAUGUUUGGAUCAAGAAAUAUGGCUGGAAGGAUCAGGGUAGCUUGAUUUUUAUUGCAAAUCAAGAUGAGAAUAUCAAAACUAAAAAUAUUAAUGAGAAGAUAGACUUUGAUAAUGUUGGAGCUAUUAUGGCAGCCUGUCAUUAAUAAAGGUUGUUGCAUUUGAA